AUGGCUGAUGAUAUAUAUGUUGUUGAAAAAAUUCUUAAUAAAAAAAUCUUAGACAAUGGUCAAAUAGAAUACUUUAUAAAAUGGUUUGGUUAUGAUGAAGAAGAUGCAACAUGGGAACCAGAAGAGAAUGUUUUUUGUAAAGAUUUAAUUGAACAAUAUGAACGUAAUUUAACAUUGAAUAAUAUACAAAAGAAUGUAACUGAUGAAUGUAGAGAAAUACUUUCUCAAAUUUGUAAUGAAAUUGACAAUCUCAAUGAAACAGUAUCGUCAACACUGCCAUUAGUAACUACGAACACUGACGAGCAACAAAUGAUAUAUUAUACCCCACGUAGUGAUGUAUCCAUGUGUGCAACGACUGAUUAUUCCGAAACUAUUGAUGAAAAUAUAAUUCCUGAUGUAUUAUCACAACACGAUCAUCUUCAAAGUAUGAACAGAAUUGAUGAACUAGAGAAUGAUUCAUUCAUUGAAAAUGGAGAAUUAAAUGCAAUAUGUAACAAUCAUGAAGUAACAAAUGAAUCUAAUCAUCGUCCUAAACGAACCCGUACUGUAUCAUUAAAUCGUAAGAAAAAAUUUCGAUCUGAUUCAAUUGAGUAUCAAACGAAUAUUGUUGAUGAAAAUGCAAAUGAUUUACAUAAUCCACAACAAGAAGAUAUAGAAAAUAAUACAAUAGAUUAUCGUUCACUUGAACCUGAACGUAUUGUUUCAAUAACUCGAUCACGUACAUCAUCACAUGAACUUGAAUUUUUAUUAAAAUGUACACGUUGUCCAACAAAAUUAUAUUUUAUAUCCAAUGAAAAAGCGAAAGAACUUGUACCGGAUUUAUUAAUUGAUUUUUAUGAAAGACAUAUUAAUUGGUUUAUUGAUCGUCCAUCGACAAAACAAAGAACACAAGGACGAAAAUCUUAA